ACCCGCUGAAGGUGGCGAGCGUUUAGAUUUGAUACAGUUGUGGUAAGCGCAGCGUCGAGACAUCCACAGUGUCGCAUUUAUAAGCGCUGAAUGGAGCCGUGUGAACGAAAAGCACGACUUUGCGCUGUUUAUCGUCAACAAACAGAUCUCGUCUGAUCAGUUAUUCGUCUAUUGUGACGGAUCCACCGCGCCAGGCCUGAUGGAGUUAGGUACCCGACGAGCGCUGCGCACAGCAGAUCCCAGCCUCUGCUCGCUCCAUCGUGGCCAGUCCUGAGCAUCGGGUCUUCAACUUACCUCACACCUUGGCCCUUUUCUAAUCCCUUCUCCUUUUUUCGUCCCCCUGGCCCUCGAGAUGAUCGGCAAGUUAAAGCAGAACUUAUUAGUGGCCUGCCUGGUCAUCAGCUCAGUCACUGUCUUCUACCUAGGUAGACACGCCAUGGAGUGCCACCACCGGAUUGAGGAACGCAGCCAGCCGCUGCUGAGCAGUUUGCGCACAACACUACGUACAGGCCAGAACCUCAGCAACCCCUUCAUCUACAAUAAAGACAUGCCGCUUAUAUUUAUCGGUGGCGUGCCUCGCAGUGGGACAACUCUUAUGCGGGCCAUGCUUGACGCCCACCCUGAUGUACGCUGUGGGGAAGAGACCCGCGUCAUCCCUCGCAUUCUGGCCAUGAAACAGAUGUGGAGCCGUUCUGGGAGGGAGAAGAUGCGUCUAGACGAAGCCGGAGUAACAGACGAGGUCUUAGACUCGGCCAUGCAGGCGUUCCUGCUGGAGAUCAUCGUAAAACACGGGGAGCCGGCCACUUAUCUGUGUAAUAAAGACCCUUUUGCCCUUAAAUCACUUACUUAUCUGGCUAAGAUUUUCCCCCACGCUAAGUUCAUCCUCAUGAUACGUGACGGCAGGGCCUCCGUUCACUCCAUGAUCUCCCGUAAGGUCACCAUUGCCGGGUUUGACUUGAGCAGCUAUCGGGACUGCCUUACAAAGUGGAAUCGGGCCAUAGAGACAAUGUACACACAAUGCCUAGAGGCUGCUGACAAGUGCCUACCCAUGCACUACGAACAGCUUGUCCUUCACCCAGAAAAGUGGAUGAGGACGCUUCUGCAAUUCCUGAACAUUCCUUGGAACAAUGCAGUUCUGCACCACGAGGAGCUCAUUGGGAAAGCAGGAGGCGUAUCACUUUCCAAGGUAGAGAGAUCCACAGACCAGGUAAUCAAGCCUGUCAACGUGGAGGCUUUAUCUAAGUGGGUCGGUAAAAUCCCCCAGGAUGUGCUGCGGGACAUGGCCGUUAUCGCCCCAAUGCUGGCCAGGCUUGGAUACGACCCCCACGCCAACCCUCCAAACUACGGUCGGCCCGAUCCCCUCGUCCUGGACAACACUAGAAGGGUCUUUAAGGGUGAAUUUCAACUACCUGAUUUUCUUAAAGAGCAGACACAGAUUCAGAAGUCCCCAGAAAAGCCAAACCCAAGUUAGAAGAAGAGGAGGAAUUUAUCAAUAGAAGGCUGAGCAGAAGCAGAUGUUGUGGGACCAUGAUGGACUUGCGUCACCCCCGCUAUGCUGGGACCUCCAUGCAUGGAAACACUUAAACACACACAAACUCACACAGGCCUCUGGGCCCGGACCACUUAUUGGAGGACAAUUUUGGCCUUUGAUGUUGUACUGUAACAAUUGUGGCCUAAGAAUGUCAUUUCUUCUCUUUAUUUUUGCAUUUCUAUUUAGAUUUUUUUUUUACACUGUACACUUUUAAUUUUUUGUUAUUUUUUUCUGGCUACAUAAACCUGUGAUUCUGUUAUAAGAAAAUACAGUGUAUUUAAUUAGCUAAAGGAUGUAUUUAUGGAGGAAUGUUAGCUUUUGAAGACACAAUCUCGGUUUUAUUGAUGUUUUCUGUUUUCAUGCCUUUGUAAUGUGCAAUUCCUUGGGUACUGAAUGAUGUGCAAGAUUUUAAUCUUGAAUUAUUGAGUGUGUAGGAAUACAGCUGAAAUGCAUUUUGUUUUCUGCAUUCACAGUGGAGUGACCUUAUGUACAUUGGUAGCUAUAAUAAAGAAGCUGUCAGUGUUUAACACAAGAGGCUCAUUGACAUUUCUCCAUUGGCAGAAAUCUCACAACAUUAGUGAUUCUAUGUGGAUUUCUUUUUGUUUUUAUGAUGUUAUUUUUGUACUUGAGUAUAAAUAAUUAUGUAAUCUUAUUUCUUUCAUUAAAAUAAAAAACCCAUCAGCGCUGUUGGCA